CUCCCUCAGCCUCAUCCCAACCCCACCCCCCACCCCCGUUGAAAUCCGCGGCGGGACAGAUCGGGGCGCAGAUCGGGGGCCGGCUCCCGGCGAUGGGCGGCGACGAGCGGCACCUGGGGAGGACCAUGAGCUUCGGGAUCCCGGACGUGGCGCUGGGGCUCGUCAUGGGGUGCGUGGAGGACCCCUGGGACCGCGACGCCAUCUCGCUCGUCUGCCGCCACUGGUGCAAGGUCGACGCGCUCAGCCGCAAGCACGUCACCGUCGCCAUGGCCUACUCCACCACCCCCGACCGCCUCUUCCGCCGCUUCCCCUGCCUCGAGUCGCUCAAGCUCAAGGCCAAGCCCCGCGCCUCCAUGUUCAACCUCAUCCCCGAGGACUGGGGCGGCUCCGCUUCGCCCUGGAUCCGCGAGCUCUCUGCCUCCUUCCACUUCCUCAAGGUGCUGCACCUCCGCCGAAUGAUUGUCUCCGACGACGACGUCGCCGUGCUCGUGCGCGCCAAGGCCCACAUGCUCGUCUCCCUCAAGCUUGACCGAUGCUCCGGCUUCUCCACGUCCUCCCUCGCUCUCCUCGCCCGCUGCUGCAAGAAACUGGAAACCUUGUUUCUUGAAGAAAGUUCUGUUGCUGAGAAAGAAAAUGAUGAAUGGCUCCGCGAGCUUGCUACCAGCAAUACUGUCCUUGAGACGCUGAAUUUCUUUCUGACAGAUCUCAGGGCAUCCCCUGCAUAUCUUCUCCUCCUUGUGCGAAAUUGCCGAAGGCUGAGAACUCUCAAGAUUAGCGACUGUUUCAUGUCUGACCUGGUUGACCUGUUCCGUACAGCAGAAACGCUACAAGACUUUGCUGGUGGUUCCUUUGAUGAUCAAGAUCAGGGUGGGAAUUAUGCUAACUACUAUUUCCCUCCUUCAGUACAGCGCUUGAGUUUGCUCUACAUGGGAACAAAUGAGAUGCAGAUAUUAUUUCCAUAUGGCGCCACACUCAAGAAGCUGGACCUUCAGUUUACAUUCCUUACCACAGAGGAUCACUGUCAAUUAGUCCAGCGCUGCCCAAAUCUAGAAGUUUUGGAGGUAAGGGAUGUGAUAGGGGAUCGAGGGUUGGAAGUCGUUGCACAGACCUGCAAGAAAUUACAGCGACUCAGAGUCGAGAGAGGAGACGAUGACCAAGGAGGUCUUGAGGACGAACAGGGUAGAGUGACACAAGUAGGACUGAUGGCUGUUACUCAAGGCUGUCCUGAUUUGGAGUACUGGGCAGUACAUGUGUCUGACAUUACAAAUGCAGCUCUUGAGGCCAUUGGUACGUUCAGCAAAAACCUGAAUGAUUUCCGACUUGUCCUGCUUGAUAGAGAGGUGCAUAUAACCGAACUGCCCCUUGACAACGGGGUUCGGGCUUUGCUGAGAGGUUGCACCAAACUCCGGAGGUUUGCAUUUUAUGUGAGACCUGGAGCUCUAUCAGAUAUCGGCCUUUCCUAUGUUGGUGAAUUUAGCAAGACCGUCCGCUACAUGUUGCUUGGGAAUGCCGGGGGAUCUGAUGAUGGACUGCUGGCAUUUGCACGAGGAUGCCCAAGCUUGCAGAAAUUGGAGCUAAGGAGUUGCUGCUUUAGUGAACGUGCAUUGGCAGUUGCAGCCUUACAGCUGAAGUCACUCAGAUAUCUUUGGGUGCAGGGAUACAAGGCAUCUCCUACUGGCACCGAUCUCAUGGCAAUGGUACGCCCCUUCUGGAACAUUGAGUUUAUUGCACCAAAUCAAGAUGAGCCUUGCCCAGAGGGUCAGGCACAGAUUCUGGCAUACUACUCUCUGGCUGGGGCAAGGACAGAUUGUCCUCAGUCUGUAAUUCCCCUCUAUCCAUCAGUCGGAGGCUAAAAAGACCACCACCAGUUUGACUGUACAUACAUGUUUGAUGCCAGUGAAACCCACGAUGCGGUAUUAGGGACAUUCCACCUUACAGUGCCAAUUACGGGACUGAAAGCUCAAGUAAAAGCGACCCACUCUGAACUGCCUUUGUAUCUUAGGGGCAACAUUUUUGGGUAAGCUGUUCAUCUGGCCAACAUGGAUAUCUUUGUGUACUACACCAUUUUGACAUGGCUCGGACACGCAUUUUUGUAAUAAUGUGCCCAGUUGUAAUGGCAUUUUUCUGUUCUUGAGCUUUGCCCACUGUAUUGUUGUUCUACGAACAGUAUUGGAUUAGUUGUUGUACCAUCUGUGAAACAAUCUGCACAAUGUUAUGUUUAACCCACGAAUAUCUUGAAAUUUUGCUGCGGCUUGGCCUCAGCUUUA